UCGUAAGACGCUGCUUAUACAGUAUGAGCUUAAAUUUUGAGUUUUUCGGAAAACUUACUUCCGUAGUCGGAACAAUCAAAAGCUCGCUACAAAAAGAUCGCGUAUCGCAUUGCGUCGGAUACAUCACUCGUGGCUCAACAGUCAGUCCUUGAACGGUGAAGAUCUUUCUCUAUUGUAGGUACCCUUUCUCCUGAUCGACCGAGCCGUUGCUGCCGCUAGCUGCAGUGAAGUGUCUGGUUUUUGGGUUUGUUCCGCUCAGUCUCGGAGCAACGUUGAACCAAGACGGUUUGGUUCGGUGUAGGUUCAUAACGAACGCGUCGUCAGUCCCCACUUGGAGUGUUUAUGCAAAGUUUGAGUUGAAUAAUGUUAUCCACCCGAAAAUAGCGACUAAUAGGGGGGACAUUAUUGCAACGCUCGUCCGUUUGGGUUGUGUAAUGUGUGAAUGUGUUUAUAUGUUUUCCUCUUCUUGGAACAGACAAGUGAAUGAGCAUCUUUCAGUUGUCCUUUUUUGAAACGGAUGCAGAAAAAAGUGUUUGAACUAGUUUCUCAGAGUUACGAUCCGUGGUGUGGAGCAGAGGAGAUCGCAACGUUUUUGUCUGAAUACUGUGUGGGGAAUGUGAUACAUGUGAUAUUUUUUCGUUUCUCUGUGUGUGACCUACCCCGUGAAAUUACAUAAGCAGCAUCCGUGUACGCGCCCAAACAGCAGUGAGACGUUACGAGGCCGGGACUUACAAAAAAUAAAAACACCACCAAAGCCGAGGAAAUGAGACCAAACUGGAUAAACGUUUCAAUAACUGCGUUGAUCGUGACGACGCUCGUUAUCACCGCUUGCCUGGCGGAAGAUGGAGGAGGAGGAGGAUCCGAUGGUGGAGGUGGUGGGGGCCGGAAGACGCCAGCGUUGAUUGACUCCGGAAUAGGCGUUACGAAGCCGACCACAAAAGGUUCUCGUUUACAGGGCACUUCCAGUGGAGCAUCGACUAAGAAGAAACGCAAGCAGCAGAACACGGAUGAGGAUGACGACGAUGAUGAGGAUGAUUUCCUAGAUAUUCUGGGUGACGUUGCCGGUGGCGAUAGCGAAGAUGACGAUGACGACGACGACGAUGAAGAUGAGGAUGAUGAAGAGGAGGAAGAGUACGGAGAAGAGGAAAUAAGUACCGACGGGGGACGUCUGUGGUCUCCGGAAGCGAUCAACAAGAUAUCGCAAACCCUGGGAGCACUGAAUACGGUGGGGAGAUAUAUAGUGAACAUGACGAAAGGUCAGGAGCCAGCAGCGCCGAAUGCGGUCAGUAAAGAUCCCAAGGAAAACAUCCCGGAUGCUAUCUUGACUCUGUCUAGCACCGUUCUGGGACCCAAUGUUACAAAAACUAUUGAACCACUUAUCAAGCGAGUCGGCAGCCAAUCAGUUGAAACGACAACAGCGAAUUCGACAACAACGGUUGUGACCGAAAUUGUGACUACCGUAGCGGUAACCGAAGCUGCGCUGGUGGCGCAGCGGAAGGAGGACGUUGAAGCUGUCACACAAUCUAGUGCCAUGCAGAAAAAGAAAAAGAAGAAGAAGAAAAACAAGGUUAAGCGAAAGGACCCUUCUCACGUUGAAUCGACCCCGAAGCCGAUUGCACCUAUUCCUAUUCCAAUCAACGAUAUCGGAGAAUCAGCCAAAGACGCGGAAAAUCGGUGUACAACGCCGGAUGGACGUCCCGGACGCUGCGAGGAUUUGAGUACUUGUCCAGGAUUGUUGCUUGAUUUGACGCAUCUACGUGAAUCGCUCUGUUUUAAGAGUCUAUUCGUGCCGGGAGUAUGUUGCCCUACCCGAACCGUAACCGUAUUGACCACCAAAAGACCACUUCUUCAUACCACGUCACAAAGCUUAGUGCUGAGUCCCGUUACGAAUAAACCCACGACCACUAGAAGCCCACCUCGACCAUCAGAAGUUGUGACCACAUCUACGGAGCAAAUACUAUCCGCCACGUUGAAGCCUAUUACGGACAAUAUUAUUGAUCCUGAGGAUUGCGGCCAGCAGGAAUACUCUUCGGGCCGUAUAGUUGGCGGGAUCGAAGCACCGAUUGGGCAGUGGCCUUGGAUGGCUGCAAUCUUUCUGCACGGUCCCAAACGUACUGAGUUCUGGUGUGGUGGCUCCUUGAUAGGCACCAAGUACGUCCUGACGGCAGCUCAUUGCACGAGGGACUCCCGACAGCGGCCGUUCGCAGCCCGUCAGUUCACCGUUCGACUGGGCGAUAUUGAUCUGUCAACGGAUGCCGAACCGUCAGCUCCGGUUACAUUCCGGGUCACUGAAGUACGGCCCCAUCCCAAGUUUUCGCGGGUUGGGUUCUACAAUGAUAUUGCGAUAAUGGUGCUGGAUCGACCGGUACGUAAAUCGAAGUACGUAAUCCCGGUGUGCUUGCCGAAAGCGAAUCUUCCAUCGAGGGAACGGUUGGCGGGUCGUCGUGCAACGGUAGUCGGUUGGGGAACAUCGUACUACGGAGGAAAAGAGUCGACCAAGCAGCAGCAGGCAACGCUACCGGUUUGGCGCAACGAGGACUGCAAUCACGCCUACUUCCAACCCAUCACGGAAAACUUCCUGUGUGCAGGAUUCUCCGAGGGUGGCGUGGACGCCUGCCAGGGUGAUUCCGGGGGACCACUGAUGAUGCUCGUCGAGACCCGUUGGACCCAAGUCGGGGUGGUUUCGUUUGGAAACAAAUGCGGCGAGCCGGGAUAUCCGGGAGUGUACACUCGAGUCAGCGAGUACAUGGAAUGGAUACGGGAGAACACGAAGAAGUGAAGCGGAGAGAGUGGGCGGUACCAAAGUGUGUGCUUCGUGUAUGUUCGGGUAAUUGGUUGCCACGAGAUGUCGCCAUAGGGAGGAUUACCGAUAUAAAUGUGAUAGGAGAAGAAGAGAAAAGAUGCAAUUUAUUUAAACGUGUAUUUUGUAUAUAAUUUAUUUUUCCUCCCAUUCUUUUAAACAAUAGUUCUUACCUAAUGUAUGUAACUUAUGCACAGUUGUUUUUAGUAUAGGAUAAAGGAGAAAUCUCAGCUAGUAAAAAAAUACAACUGCAAUUUGUUAUCCAUAGUCGAUCAAGUGUUUUCUUCUGGUAGUAACGUGUAGUAAAAUUUAUUCCCCGUGUAUGCGCCACUGGCGAGAUUAAGUCGAUAUAAUAAAAAUGUACAGUAGACAACUGAUUUUUACGUACCACUGAUUGUUUGCUUGCUAUAUUUACGUCAAUAAUAAUAAUAAUAAUAAUAGUCUGGUUCACUUUACUGUAUCCAGUUAUCCUAGUGCUAUUUUCUGCUUUUUUUUUACUACAACAAAUGAGACGGUUAGCUUUGUGUUAUCUGGUUUUCAAAACCAAUUCAUGCUUCUUGUUGAAAGGAAAAUCCGCUUUGAUGUCUGCUGCCGGACGUAACCGGAUUUUUUUCUGUAUUCUGAUUGGGGUUUAAAUUUUAUCAUAUUUAGUACAUCUUCAAUUGUCAUUGUUUCAAAUGGCGGAUGUGCUAGUAUCGUAUGAUCGGGCCAAUCUCACGUGCAGACAUAACAAAUCUUAGUACAGUGUAUUCAGGGCACAAAUAAUGCUCACAACUGAAAAAGAAGUUUAGGAUAUUACUCGUGAUAUUACUCACAGUCCCUGUUUGCAAUAACUUCUCCCAGAAAACUGUCUCGCCCACCAUUCAGUCGAACCUAUUUCGAAUCGAAACGUUUUUACAUUAUUUCUCUUGGAAACACAACAAACAGUUAGGAUAGGUUGAUUCAUGAGUUGCUACUUAACAGUGUGAUUACAGAUUCUAUUUAUUUAGUUUGUUCCAUAAAAAUAUUUCCCUCAGUGUACGCUUCGGUUUGCUUAGUCUAAACACCGUAAUCCGAAUUGUCAUCGAAUCAUUUGAAUCAAAUGUAGUUUUAAUUUACACUACUGAAAAAACUUUUUACACAUUUUCUACCAUCUUUUGGUUUUGUUACGGUUUUGGUAUGUAUUUGCAUAGUAAUAAUUAACUUUUGUGAUAACCCUGUAUUUCAUCUGUAUUUUUCUUGUUUUAUCUAUGUUUUAUCAGAAUGGUGCGGUUCCUUUUUUGACCGCGAUUUGCUGAGUUCCGAUUGUGAUUAGUGCUUCUGUGAUAUCAGUUCGCUUUGUGGUAUAAAAUUUCCCAGAAACGGAUGUAUUAUGAUUUUUUUUGCACUGGUUUCUGUGAUACGUAUCAGUGGGGCCACUUGGUUUUUUAAAAAUUAUCUCUGCUCUUUUUCAGCUUUUCAGUAUGGCGAUUCUGUGUUAAAAUGUGAAACGUUUGCUGAGGAUCGUUGCGUAAUUUUGGACGUGUUCAUUUUCAAAAACAGUGCGGAAUUCGACUGUCAAUGAAAAAAAAAAGAUCUUUACUAAACGGUACGUCAAUGUCACGGAAUCGAAUAACGUGAAAAUUGGCGUAAAAGGAAAAAAAUAACAAUGUGACACCAAUGUUGUCAGCAAUUCACAUUUGCAGAGAUCACACAAAUAGAUGACUUCUGAAUUUUCGGUGAAUUUUCGCAGGGUUGAUAAUUGCUGACGUUUCGGUAUAUUUUUGAAAUUGAAUUCUGUUCCAUUAACGUUUCGUUUGAUGAGAAUGGGUGAAUUCAAAGUAUCGACAAUGUUUGGUAGCUGAUAUAGAUCCAGCCAUGAUUAGAAACGAUAGAUCCAUUAUUGCUCAGCAUUUUGUGGAUUUUUUUCUCGGCAUGAACAAAAAACAGCUUUUUGUCGAAUCGGUAUUCAAGAGUAUCUGGUCUUGUUGUAUCCUUGUUUUUGAUACCUAAACAUCCAUGUAGGUUCAAUUCGCUUCGAUAUAAUUAUUUAAGGCUGCCCCAAACACAAAAUAUCGGGUCAUUCGAACCCUAAGUUCGUUCAAAACACGUCUAUUUAUAAGAUUUCGUAUAACACUGAAAGAUUUUGUUCUCCACAAGGGCGAAGAAGAGUUCCUUCGUCAUAACACAUCAUUGCAUAAAUUUCCAGUUGACAGACUCACAUUAUUUUUGUAUAAUACUAAACUGCAGACGGUUUCAUGACAUUCUGGAUCUGUUAACAGCAGUGCCAUCCAUGUAUCAGUCUGGAAACUUCUUGCGCGAUGAGAUAUGAUGGGUUCGUUUUGAGUUGCACUUUCAUCCGUGUGAACGUCAAAAUAAUUCAUUGAGACUAUUUGUGCACUUUUUUUUCCUCAUACCCAGCUUAAGCUAGGGUGCUUCCGACUACAUAUAUAAAAAUGUAUGGAGUGUGCAUAUAUAGAGAAGGAUCGCCUAUAUAAAUAUGUAUUCUGUUGAGCAGUAUUUUUCUGUGAGUGUGAAUUUCAUAACCGUAUUGUUUGCGGCGACUCCACAUUAAUUGGAUUGUAGUUAAAACUUCGUUUGCUAUUUCUGGUUUUGGUUGUUUGAUUUUGCUUGCUUUUUCCUGAAAAAAACUACGUCGAAUGGCAUUUUUUGGGCUUUCAAUUUACUUCCAUGGUAUCCCGCUUGUCUAUUGAUCUUAGCUCUAACGUUACCACUAACUUCCAUAAUAAUGACUUGUAAUAACCGUAAGAUGUGGCGCUGGUAGGGCUGCGGAAAUGGACAAUCGGCAGCACAGCCAUGGGGAUGGGUGAUCUAAUCUUCCUCCUCUUCCCGGAAGAGAUAGGUGCUCCAGUAGACCAGGUUGAAUAAGGCGAAUACCAGCGGGAACGUUAUCCGGGAGAUAACGUCGAUGCGCUUCGAGCGAGAGCAUUGUCUUUAUGAAAU